AUGGAUAUGGAACAUGAACUCGGUGGAGAUAUCCCUCAUGACGGGGCGGAGCACUACUUUCCCGAUCCGGUGGACGACCUCACCGGCGGGUUGCCUGUCAACCUCGAUUCCUUGCGCGACGGUCCACCGGGAACGAAGCCAUUUUAUCCAUAUUCGACACUCAUUCGGUACGCGAUCAAGGGCUCGCCGAACCAGAAGUUACUACUGGAGGACAUAUACUAUGCGAUUGAGAGCAGAUUCCCCUACUUCCGUACUGCAUCAUCUGGGUGGAAGAACUCCGUUCGGCAUAACCUAUCUCUAAAUCCUUGCUUCGAGAAAGUUCCCCGGCCGCUCACGGACCGCGGCAAGGGCUCGUACUGGACAGUAAACGAGAGCGUAGAUCCCCGCACAGGCGUCCAUAGGGUGCGCGCGCCGAAGCAACCUACACCAGCUGAGGGCACGGAGAAUGGCGAGGGCCAGCCAUCAGGGUCGGGCGGGACCAAACGUCGUGGACGCAAAGCGAAAGGCAAAGCAGCCUCCACCUCCCCAGAGGAGUUCAACCCGGACCGGCCCUUCAUCGAGGGUGCCCCAAGCUUCGUUCCACCUCCACUCAGCGCGAGUAUGGUUGCGGGACCGUCGAACGAUCCAAAUGGCUUCCCCGGCUUUCAUCCCGGUGCAUUCGACCAACCACCGCCCCCGCCACCCUUCAUGUUCAUGCCGCCAGUGCCGCCAGUCCCAGACUUGCCCGUCGACGAGUCAGGGAAUGUUGAUUGGCAUGCGGCGUGGGUACGCGAACUUGAUAGCCUGCGUGCAGCGACGGGAGAGGCGGAAAAGCACGGAGCGGGGCAAGAUUGGUACAGGGAAAUGCUGCUCAAAGUCCGCACGGGCAUGCUCAUGCAGAUUGUCCCGCCUGCUGGGCCCCCGCCACCCGAAGUGCAACAGGAUAUCACGCAGCCGCCGGAAUGA